CCCUAUGUUGUCGACUCCCUCUCCAAUACACCUCUCCCACACCCCUUAACCUCUUCCACACCCUUGACCUCUCACUUACCACCGACCUCUCCCUGACCCUCGUAGCCGGCUGCUGGAACACCAAACCAUUAUCUGCUCGCCUAAAAAUGCUCAUUACUAUUUCCAUCGUGCGUCUACCGAUAGACGACGUCGCAGUGCGUCUACCGAUAGACGACGUCGCAGUGCGUCUACCGAUAGACGACGUCGCAGUGCGUCUACCGAUAGACGACGUCGCAGUGCGUCUACCGAUAGACGACGUCGCAGUGCGACUACCGGUAGACAACGUCGCAGUGCGUCUACCGAUAGACGACGUCGCAGUGCGUCUACCGGUAGACGACGUCGCAGUGCGUCUACCGAUAGACGACGUCGCAGUGCGUCUACCGGUAGACGACGUCGCAGUGCGUCUACCGAUAGACGACGUCGCAGUGCGUCUACCGGUAGACGACGUCGCAGUGCGUCUACCGAUAGACGACGUUACAGUGCGUCUACCGAUAGACGACGUCGCAGUGCGUCUACCGAUAGACGACGUUACAGUGCGUCUACCGAUAGACGACGUCGCAGUGCGUCUACCGAUAGACGACGUCGCAGUGCGUCUACCGGUAGACGACGUCGCAGUGCGUCUACCGAUAGACGACGUCGCAGUGCGUCUACCGGUAGACGACGUCGCAGUGCGUCUACCGGUAGACGACGUCGCAAACGACGUCGCAGUGCGUCUACCGAUAGACGACGUCGCAGUGCGUCUACCGGUAGACGACGUCGCAGUGCGUCUACCGAUAGACGACGUUACAGUGCGUCUACCGAUAGACGACGUCGCAGUGCGUCUACCGAUAGACGACGUUGCAGUACGUCUACCGAUAGACGACGUCGCAGUGCGUCUACCGAUAGACGACGUUGCAGUACGUCUACCGAUAGACGACGUCGCAGUGCGUCUACCGAUAGACGACGUUGCAGUACGUCUACCGAUAGACGACGUCGCAGUGCGUCUACCAAUAGACGACGUCGCAGUGCGUCUACCGAUAGACGACGUCGCAGUGCGUCUACCGAUAGACAACGUCGCAGUGCGUCUACCGAUAGACGACGUCGCAGUGCGUCUACCGAUAGACGACGUCGCAGUGCGUCUACCGAUAGAACGACGUCGCAGUGCGUCUUCCGAUAGACGACGUCGCAGUGCGUCUACCGAUAGACGACGUCGCAGUGCACGUCUACCGAUAGACGACGUCGCAGUGCGUCUACCGAUAGACGACGUUGCAGUACGUCUACCGAUAGACGACGUCGCAGUGCGUCUACCGAUAGACGACGUUGCAGUACGUCUACCGAUAGACGACGUCGCAGUGCGUCUACCGAUAGACGACGUUGCAGUACGUCUACCGAUAGACGACGUCGCAGUGCGUCUACCGAUAGACGACGUUGCAGUACGUCUACCGAUAGACGACGUCGCAGUGCGUCUACCGAUAGACGACGUUGCAGUACGUCUACCGAUAGACGACGUCGCAGUGCGUCUACCGAUAGACGACGUUGCAGUACGUCUACCGAUAGACGACGUCGCAGUGCGUCUACCGAUAGACGACGUUGCAGUACGUCUACCGAUAGACGACGUCGCAGUGCGUCUACCGAUAGACGACGUUGCAGUACGUCUACCGAUAGACGACGUCGCAGUGCGUCUACCGAUAGACGACGUUGCAGUACGUCUACCGAUAGACGACGUCGCAGUGCGUCUACCGAUAGACGACGUUGCAGUACGUCUACCGAUAGACGACGUCGCAGUGCGUCUACCGAUAGACGACGUUGCAGUACGUCUACCGAUAGACGACGUCGCAGUGCGUCUACCGAUAGACGACGUUGCAGUACGUCUACCGAUAGACGACGUCGCAGUGCGUCUACCGAUAGACGACGUUGCAGUACGUCUACCGAUAGACGACGUCGCAGUGCGUCUACCGAUAGACGACGUUGCAGUACGUCUACCGAUAGACGACGUCGCAGUGCGUCUACCGAUAGACGACGUUGCAGUACGUCUACCGAUAGACGACGUCGCAGUGCGUCUACCGAUAGACGACGUUGCAGUACGUCUACCGAUAGACGACGUCGCAGUGCGUCUACCGAUAGACGACGUUGCAGUACGUCUACCGAUAGACGACGUCGCAGUGCGUCUACCGAUAGACGACGUUGCAGUGCGUCUACCGAUAGACGACGUCGCAGUGCGUCUACCGAUAGACGACGUCGCAGUGCGUCUACCGAUAGACGACGUCGCAGUGCGUCUACCGAUAGACGACGUCGCAGUGCGUCUACCGAUAGACGACGUAGCAGUGCGUCUACCGAUAGACGACGUCGCAGUGCGUCUACCGAUAGACGACGUAGCAGUGCGUCUACCGAUAGACGACGUCGCAGUACGUCUACCGAUAGACGACGUCGCAGUGCGUCUACCAAUAGACGACGUUGCAGUACGUCUACCGAUAGACGACGUCGCAGUGCGUCUACCGAUAGACGACGUUGCAGUACGUCUACCGAUAGACGACGUCGCAGUGCGUCUACCGAUAGACGACGUUGCAGUACGUCUACCGAUAGACGACGUCGCAGUGCGUCUACCGAUAGACGACGUCGCAGUACGUCUACCGAUAGACGACGUAGCAGUGCGUCUACCGAUAGACGACGUCGCAGUACGUCUACCGAUAGACGACGUAGCAGUGCGUCUACCGAUAGACGACGUUGCAGUACGUCUACCGAUAGACGACGUCGCAGUGCGUCUACCGAUAGACGACGUUGCAGUACGUCUACCGAUAGACGACGUCGCAGUGCGUCUACCGAUAGACGACGUUGCAGUACGUCUACCGAUAGACGACGUCGCAGUGCGUCUACCGAUAGACGACGUCGCAGUACGUCUACCGAUAGACAACGUCGCAGUGCGUCGAAUGGCAGUACUG